AUGAAUAAUAAAUACUUAGUUUAUAGAAUUUUAAAUCGUGACAAAAUUUUAGAUAGUAUUGAAUCAAUUAAAAGCUGGGGAUAUCCAGCAGAGCAGCACAAUCUUACGACAGAUGAUGGAUAUAAGUUAAAAAUUUUUAGAAUACCAUGGAGUCCGCUCCAGUUGUCGAGAAGAAAUGAACAAAAACCAGUUGUUCUUAUGCUAAAUGGACUUUUGAUAACGUCAGAUAUUUGGUUGAUAAGCCCUGAGCGGAGUUUAGCUAAACAACUUGCUGAUGAAGGCUAUGAUGUUUGGCUUGCAAAUUUUCGUGGUACUAUUUAUGGACGUGAUCAUGUUACAUUGUCACCAAAUGACAAAAAAUUUUGGGAUUUUAGUUUUCAUGAAAUUGGAUACUAUGAUGUUCCACGAACAAUUGAUUAUGUUUUAAAUGAAACCAAUCAAAGUUCAUUGAUAUGUGUUGCUUUGUCAAUGGGAACGACAUUAACAUUCGUUACUUUAUCAGAACACCCAGAAUAUAAUUCCAAGAUUAAACUGCUUAUAGAAUCAGGAGCAAUUGCUGGAUUUUUUAAUAAACAGUUUAAGGAUAUGAGACCGAUUACUCUUUCCUCAAAAUUUAUAAAUUUUAUUGAUUUUACAGGCACUUUUGAAAUAUCAUUUCAAAAUUCAGUCAAUAGUAUAUUGUUCGAAGAAAUAUGUGUCAACCUAAAUAUUGUUCAUUACUGUUUGAUUCCAUUGUAUAUUUUAUGUGGUCAAAAUGAUGGUCAACUUGACGCUAAUAUUUAUAUUAAUCUUUUGAAUCAUUUCCCUGACGGAAUUUCUGCAAAAACAAUUUUGCACUAUGUUCAAUUUGCUAAAUACCGAAAAUUUCAACAGUUUGAUUAUCAAAAUGAAAAAGAAAAUAUAGAACAUUAUGGUACAUCAAAACCUCCACAAUAUAAUUUGGCAAAUAUCAAAUCACCAAUGAUAAUUUUUUAUUGUCUAAAAAAUGAUCCACUUUCAACAUUUGAAGACGUCACUGAAAUAGCUAAAAGAAUUUCGAGCAGAGUUAUUGUUGAACCAGUAUCUGACGAAGAUUUUAAUCACGUUAAUUUUGUUACUGCUCGAGACGUGAAGACAAUUUUUAAUGACAGAGUGAUCCAGUAUCUUGAUCAAUUUGCAAAAGGAAAAAUUAUUUUUUAAAAUAUCUGUUAUCUAUGAAAUAUUCAAAUAUUCAUUAAAAAAAAUCAAAAUAUGUAUUACCAUUCGUUUAACAGUAGUUAAUUCUGGAUCAUUAUUAUUUGGAAUAUGGAAAAUAGGUAUCAUAAAAAAGAUAAAGAAGAUCAUCAUGAUGACAAACACCUGAAAUCGUUUUUCAAUUAUUAAAAAAUCCUUAAUUAAAAAAUAAUUUCAACAAGUAAAUUUUCCACCUGAUAUUAUUGUCGAAAAAAAAAAAAUGUCCAGAGUAAUUAUGUCGAUAAAAAAUAAUAAAAAUAAUCUGAAUAAUAUUUU